AUGAAUAAGAUGAGUUAUUCUUGUUUUGUCAUGGUGAUUUUUAUUUUAUGUGUUUCAUCCUCGUAUGGAGCUAAAGUAGUAGACGUUGAUACUAUUUGUAAGGGAGUGAUAAAUUAUACAUAUUGUUCAAAUCUUCUCAAUUCAAAACCAGGAGAAAGUCGAGAUCUCAUUAGCUUUGCAGAAUACGGCAUUGAAGUCGCCCGUGUCAAUGUGACCAACACAAUCAAUUUAAUCAGAACACUAAUUGUGAAAAGUGGUAGUAAUGUUGAGGCAAAACGACAUUACAAAAUGUGUUUAUAUCAUUUCGACGAAGAAGGUGUCCUUAAUUUAGUUGAUGAAGCACUACGAUAUUUUAAGAAAGGAAAUUACGAUUCCGCAAGGCAAAGUGUAGGUGCUAUACAAGCUCAUACUAGAGAUUGUGUUUCGGGAGAGUCACCUGGUGAAACUCCUUAUCCUGAUACAUCACAACUUCCAAAAUAUGCUCAUGUUGUCACUCAAAUUUCUGAGAUUCUUGGACAUAUAUUUCAUUUUAUAAUUCAUGCAUAA